CCCAAAAGUGAGUGUUUGAGGGUUGAGAGAAAUCAUGUGCUCUGUCAGUCAGCUGAUCCGAAUCUGCUCUUGACCUCUCUAACUAGGUCACAAGAAGAGGGGGCUUUCAUAACGGCAGUAUGUUAUGAAAUGCAGUACAUGUACACAUAGUAGGUGUCGACAGUUCAUUGCUAGAAGUGUACUGAGGGCAACAAGUUGUCCAUGUUCUUAAUCUGUUUUGGAUUACCAAAAAGUUAACUGUAUAUUUAAAGAAGGGAAAAUUAGGGCAGAGAGUAAUGCCUUUUGGUGUACAGGUAAUGGAGCAGUCAUGCAUGACAUUCCCAAAAUAAUCUAUUGUCAUGUCAAAGGUCAGGAUAGGUGGAUUCAUGCACGAAAUCAUCGAGGGGAACCCCACCUGAGUGAACGUUAAAUGUUGGAUGUUUAUUCGGUAGAUUAUUCUCAUCUUUUAGUCUAAUCUUUAUGCUUAACUUUUUAUCUAAAUCUGAUGAAGUGUCAAGAUUACAGGAAUUAUCGACCUAAGGUAAUCUGGGCUCCAAGGAAUUUCUUCGGACAAUAGCGACACAGGUGGACACUGAUGUGAAAUAUACAUAUCAGAUAUAUAUAUACACGUACGCAUAUAGUUUGUCCAUGUGAUGGAUGCUCGACCGAUCAAAUAGACAAAUGUGACGGGAUAGCCAGACACUUGUGAAGAGAUUUUAAGCUUUUCUACUUGUGUUGUCAACUUACACCAUAUGGAUGGUUAAUUUGGAGGGAAAACUGGUUUACUUGAGUGACGCAGUCAUGCAUCAGCAGAGGAAAUUGGAAGUUACAUAAAGUCUUUAAGUUCUGGAGGCAGCCAUGUGGUAGCUGUUUUGUCUGUGUUGAAAAAAAAAGGUGGUUUUUUGGCUCUAAACGAUUGCCAACAAUUUUUUUUUGGUUGUUUCACCUAAACUACCAGUAUAUAACAUAAAAUACCUGUUCCAAUCCCCCAGGAGUUAUACGAUAUAUAUAUUCUGACAAAAAUUAGGAGGACCGCCAGGAAGUGCAGAAUAAUUAACCAAUUGUAUAACAUUCAAUCAAAGACGGAGGAAUUGUGUAAUUACAUGACUGGAAUUUACACUGAUGAAGUGUCCGAGUGAUUGCGCCGGUGGUUACAUGGUGCCAAAAGUCAUGUGCAGCAUCUGUAUCGAGGAGUAUUCGGGCUACAAUGGAGGUUAUGGACCAGCCACGGUGAGGAUGGUGUCCAAUAACGGUCCGCCGCUCCCCAUGCCCAUGCAGGUCCCCCCGGGUCACAUGGUCCAGCAGAUCGUGGACGAGCACGGCAUACUGACCCACGUCAUUCUGUCCCCCCAGCCCACGUCGAUGCCGGUGGGAGGACCUUCUAUGACGGGAGGACCAAACAACACACCACCCCAUGCACAGUAUUAUCCUAACUACGGGCCCCCUUACCCGACCCAUCCCUACCCCUCCCAUCAUCACCCCACCCACCACGGGGCGUCCCCCCACGUCCAUACGGGGGCCCCCACACACCCCCACGGGACGCCCCCUCCCCCCAGCUGUAACAGUAAUCCCAGUGGACCAGUGCAUCCAGGACCAAGUCAACCAAAUUCAAUGGAGGGGCGGGCCAAUAAACAGAGAGAGAGGGUGAAAAGGAAGUUUGAAGACAGGCGGAGUCAGGGGAUGUACCAACAGCAAGCAAGACCCAGGAUCAAUGGGAAACAAAAAGAAAGCCAUGCCAAACCAAUGCCCUAUGAACAGUACCAUUAUCAAGGUAAUGGAAUGAAUGGAGACAGUUUGCCUCCUGCGGUAGAUACAGGUCAGCAGGCAGAAUUAGCCGAGGAGAGAAAAGUCAUACAACAAGUGUUGUCUAGUACCCCAGACCCUACAGUGUCUGAAAUCGAGGCUAGGAGCGCCCUGAUUCAGUUGGCACUGCCAGAGUGGGACCCUAAUGUGUAUGAAAUAGAUCCUGCCGAUUUCCGAUUUACCUUACUACUGUCGGAUAAAGGAAAGGAGGGCAAAUACAAAUUAGUUUACAGCGGGGAUGCCACAGAAAUUACGUUGAAGGAUCUGAAGCCAGCGACUGAUUAUCACCUCAGAGUAUACACUUCCCUGGAGGAUUUGAAGGGAAACACAACAGAAUCUGUGAAAUUUACGACUAGUGCCUGCGAACCAGAUCCUCCCUCACCCCCCAAACUAGCCAACAAGAACAAAACCUCUAUAGCUCUCAAGUGGAAUAGCACCUGUGAAAAUGGGGCGAAGAUUUCCACGUAUACAUUGGAAAUGGAUAAGGGGAAUGGUGAGUUUGUGGAGGUGUAUAAUGGACUACAAAGACAGACGCGCAUCAAUAAGCUGCAGGCAUCCACUAAGUACACGUUUAGACUGGCAGCCAUUAAUUCCAUUGGUAAAAGUGAGUUCAGUGAGGCGGCGUCUUUCUACACGAGUGGCAGUGUACCCAGUCAGCCUGACCCCCCGAUGUUGUCGGAGCCUUUCACAACGUCACUGAUCAUCUCCUGGAUCAAACAUCCAAACGAGGACACCUUCCAGCUCCAGAUGGAGGAUGAAUCUACUGGGCAUGGUUUUAUCGCUGUGUACAAUGGACCAAAUUUAUCAUACAAAGUCAAAAGCCUGAUGAGAAACACAGAGUAUAAAUUCAGACUGGCGGCCUUUAAUGACGAGGGUCAGAGUAAAUGGAGUGAGGUCGUGACCUACAGAACGAAGCCUGACCGACCAGCCCCACCCCCAAAACCACAAAUCAAGGGCAAGAUCCAUGCCUACAACUUCAGGGUGGUCUGGGAGCCACCAAAAGACAAUGGAGGGGCUGAAAUAACCAAGUACAUUGUUGAAAUAGAUGAUGGACGAGGUUAUGAGACUUUAUACGAGGGCUCUGAGAGAGAACAUGUCUGUGAUCGUCUAACGCCUGGCCAGAUGUACAUGGUCCGAGUGGCCUGCUGUAAUGUCGCCGGGAGGAGUGAGUUUUCGGAGCCCUGUGGAGCCACCACCCAAGCUGUUGUUCCAGGCCAAUGCCAGGCCCCAAAGCUACAGGGCAAGCCAAAAGCAACCUCCCUGCACUUAAGAUGGGCGUGUCCAGAGUAUGAUGGUGGUGCGGCGGUAUCAGAGUACGCUGUACAGAUGGUGACCCCUGACAACACGUGUCGGGAGGUGUACAAGGGCAGGGACCUAGACUGUAUAGUGGCUGGCCUCUCACCAGGCAGGCCAUAUCUGUUUCAAGUCAGAGCUUUCAACAGAGUGGGGGGAGGUGGUUGGUCUGACCCGUUUGAGGUGGUCAGUGGGGCAGGCGUUCCUGACCCUCCCAAGGCCCCGCAGUUGGUCUGUAAAUCUGCGUAUUCCGCGCUAGUCUCUUGGGAACCCCCCGUCAACAAUGGUGCUACGAUCACAGAGUAUCGCCUGGAAUGGCAGCAGAAAACAGACGUCACAGACUUUGCUCUGUUAUACACAGGUCCUAAUCAGAGUUAUGAAAUCAAAGGUCUCACCCCUGCAACCUUGUACCUCUUUAGGGUUCAGGCAAUCAAUAGUGCUGGACACGGCCCCUACAGCCCGGUGGGGACAUGUGUGACCCCGCCCUCUAGUCCGUCAUCUGUCACCGUCAUACGUCACACUUCCACCGCCACCUCCAUCACUCUCUUCUGGAAGGAACCCAAUUCCAAUGGCAGCGACAUUACUGCCUACAACCUGGAGGUGGGAGAUAAGCAGUUCACCAUCGGGGCCGUCACGGAGUACACCAUAGAGACACUGUCACCAGAGACCGCCUACAAGAUAAGGAUACAGGCUGUGAACAGUAUUGGGGUGGGUCCGUUCAGUGCCCCGGUCCGAGUGACCACCAGACCCCUCCCCCCUAACCCCUCCAAACUGGAGUGUAUCGCUCCGGCACCAAACAGUCUCAAACUCAAGUGGGGUGACCAGCGGGGGCUAGACACCAAUCACUACACAUUAGAAAUGGAGAAAGAAGAUGGAAACUUCCAAGUGAUAUACGAAGGCUCCUCCCAUUUCUUCAAGGUCAACAAAUUACAGGAAACUACAAACUACAACUUCAGAAUUUACGCUAGUAAUGAUGUAGGAAGCGGACCAUAUUCAGAAAUUUACACAUAUACCACAACCAAAGCUCCUCCCCCGGCGGUUAGGGCUCCUCGUGUGUCCAGCAUCACCCAGCAUUCGUGUAGUGUGGAGUGGCAGGCGUGUAAGGCGGUACAGGGGGACUCAGUGGUGUACCUGUUACAGCUACAGGGGGAGCAGGAAUAUCAAAAGAUAUACAGAGGAGAAGACACUGGUUUUCAGGUGGAAAACUUGUCUCCAAAAACAGAUUAUCACCUGCGUGUUUGUGCAAUAAGAAUUUGUGAGGACGGGACUGAAGUUGUGGGGGCGUUCAGCCCGGCCGUAACCUUCACAACUCAAGGUCACGAGCCAGUCAGUAAACAAGAAACGGACGUUAAACAAGAAUCUAAGUUAGUGGAGCCCAAACAGUUAACAGACCAGCAGUGGGCCAUGAUCAUCUUAAUGGGCUUUGUCGUGUUUGCUGUGCUUGUCGCUUUUGUUGCUCAGCAAAUCAUCAAAUACAGAUCGAGUCAGGCCACGAGAUGAGAACGAUGGACCACAGGAUAUAAAACACUGGGGAGGGAAAUUUUCCAUGGAUUUAAUCGUGAUUUGACUGCAUAUCGCUUCCCGAGGAGAGAGAGCCACAGAUCUGCUUCAUUGGAAUGUGUUCCAUGCAAUAUUAUGACAUAGAUCUGAUUCCGCGAGGCUAGCAGGGGGCUAGCUAGCAGAGGAUGGAGGGUGUGCAGCAAUUAGUUAUCCAUGUAGAUGUAUCAUGUGAUAUUUUUUUGUUUUUCUGUUAAAGUCAUGACAUUUUACUUAUAGGAAAGAUAUAUGUGUGUCUUACAGCAUUUACAUGUGAAUUUUAAAAAUUUCAACAAAAAAAAUCUAAUUAUAGAUGUUGCUUGUGAAAUCUGGGAGUAUAUGCUUGUCAUCCUUGUAGAUUAUUAUGAAGUGUUUGGUUCCGUUUGGCUCCAUGUUCACGGCUUAAACUCUCCUAAUCACUGUAGUGUUGUCUCCAGGUUUUUUUAUUCAUUGGAAAUAAUCAGAAAUCUUAUUUUUGAAGAUUGGUACAUUUUUUCUCCAAUAUUUUAUUGUGGAUUAGAAUGUUGUGUACAUAUUAUAUAUGUAUAAAGGUAUAUUUUUCACAGCUUCCAUGACUUUGUGUUUAGAUGACCAAUGUUAUACUAUGUGGUAAACACUGCUUCUCAUCUUAUUUAUUUAUUGUUAUUGCCAAAAUCACUAGGGAGAGGGGACUUCAUUUGUUUUUUUGUGCUCAUUGGGAAAAUCUGAAUAUCAAGUCUUAAUGAUAUCUCUGUAUUAAUUAAGAAGCUUUUAUGAGCUGGAGUAGAUUGAGGCUCCAUUGAGGGAAUUAUUUUUAUGUAUUCUUUGUAUCAUCUUUAUUAUUACUUUCUGAUUAUAGGCCCCCCUCAAACAUCUACCCCUCCCCCUCCCUCCCCAUCAUUCAUCAAGGUGACAGACAUUUUACCCCCCAUUCAGGUGUCAUCACAAAAAAAAUCACAAUACAAGUCUGACCAAUAAUAUAUAAAAUGACUCCAAUGAAUAAAAAAGUUAUUUAUUCUAUAUUGAAAUACGGGACAUGAUAUAUGUUAAGUGUUCCCGACUCAUUCAAACCUAGAGCUAGGAAUGCUUUGUCGUUUCUUUGUUUCUCUGCCCCUGGCCUGCAUUAUUCAGCCUAAAGUAAUGGUUGUAGCUGUUGCAUUUGUUUAAACAGCUUCAAUAUCAAUGUGCCAAAUAGUUAUAUGUGUAACCUGUACCAAUUCAAUGCAUUUUUUGUGUGUGUUUUUUCUCUGAAUUUUCACAAUUCCUGGGCAUGUAUUUAGAAAUGUCAAAAAAUGGAUUGCAUUUGAUAAGUCAUUUGUCUGUUUUUUUCAAAGACUUGAUUAAUUUCAAAUUUUCAUGUUAUUGUAAAAAAGUACUGCAGUCCAGUUAAAAUAUUGAAGUGUGUCAACAGCUCGGACCAGAAAGUGGAUGAAAAUGUUAUUUGGAACCCUUCUGGGGUUAUUAAUAAUGUUAGAUAGACUCUCUGAUCAACCUGUUGACAUUUCAAACUUAUGUAACUUAUAUAUACUUAUAUAUAUAUUAUAUUUAAUUGCACUGUGCACUAGUUACUGGUACUAUUUUAUUUGUUAUCAAACCUCUCACUAGUCAGAUGUCGCUGUGUUAUGAUGAUCUUUGUCAUGUACAUGCAUUUUUUUUCUUUUGUUAAUUAAGCAAUCAAAUGACCAGUCCAUAAAAUGGCCACAUUCACAACUUUUUUUCCUCAAUUUAAUACACAUACUGUCAUUAUUCAAUAGUCUUUAAAGUUUUUAUCUAUUGAAGCAUUUUAUGAAUGUGCAGUCAUAAGAUCAAAUAAGCAAAAAGAAAAAAAAAUUGUAUUUAAUUUUCUUUUUUUUUUGGGGGGGGGGGGGGGGGGGGGGUUAAUAUCAGCUGAAUUCUUCACACCCCCUCCCUCCAACCUCUACAUCCAUCUCUAAAAAUGUAAUCUCUUGUGUCGUGGAGACAGAAUUAAUCUUUGUGGAGAAAAUACAUGUAUUGACUAGAAGAAUCUGAAAAUCUAAAGGGUGUACAGAACACUUCAUGUUGUAAGCCAAGAAAGAAAUCUGGAUUUUCCAUAUUGUCAAAAAAAGUAGAGCAUAUUGAGAUAGAGUUAUCACUUAGUUUAAUGUCACAUACACUUUACACUAGUAGUACUGGAAAUACAUAUCACCAUAGGCUACAUCAGUAUCACAUUAGGACUUCAAGUGACCUUUGUUUUACCCCAUAGUUUAAAGAAUUAGGAUGACUUGUUGUUUUAUAAACACUAUAUUGUUAUGUUCAUUAUCUAAGGAGUGAUGGGUAGAACCUUUCUUUUAUCUUUUUCACAUUUCGUUCAUAAAGGUUUUCCAUAUCAGAAAGAAAUUUUAACUUGGGGAAUGGGAUUUCUACCAUGUUCAUAAAUAUAAGCUUUCUAUAGACCUGGAGGCUAGAUUGUAUUACAUGAGGGAGUUGCCGGCCUUGCCAUUUAUUUUUCAUGUCUACUGAUGUCACCUGCUCGGAAAAAACUUGUUGAAUAAACUUUGUUGUUUUAUUGUUAUUUUUUGACUUUGCAAAUAUGUUAAGGUUGUAUUUUUGAUGAGCAUGACAAUAUUAUUUUUUGUUUGUGUUCAGGAUGUUUUUCCUCUUUGAAAGUGAUGGGUUAUUUCAGUUAGUUCAGGGUAUCGGUUAUUUAUUUGUCCAUCGCUGCUGUCUCUUCAUUGUUACAUUUCAAUCAAGAAAAUCAAGGCAAUAAACAUUAAUAAGCAUCAAUUCCAUAAAGGGAAUCAUCUAUAUGAAAAAUAGGUCAGAUUGUUAAUUUUUGAAACAAAUAUACCUUGGCUAUUGUUUAUUUUCAACUAUGUUUUUUUUAAAGUAGAAUGAAAUGGAUGUCUAAAUUGUAAAAUAUCUGAGGUUUAAAGUCUUGAAAUCUGAAGUGUCCAACUUCAUAAUGAGUUUAUAUGAAUUUCAGUUAAAUGAGAACUGAUUGGAUAAACAAAAUAAUAUUUAUACAUAGAUUUCUAAAUAUGACUGCACUUCAUAACAACACUAUGGAGACCCUUUAGGACCUUUAUCCUGAAGACAUGUCCAAACUUUGGCCUGCUUAUAACACUGUUAAAGAGUUGACCAAGAUAAAAGCGUUUUCUUGUUUUAAGUUAUUGUUAUUUAUUCUAUUUCGAGAAUUAAAAAAAAGAGAAAUGAUAAAUAUUUUUGGAUAUGGCCAGUAAGACACAAGUGCAAUAUAAGUAACUUCAGAAGCAAAGUGGAUCUGGUCACUUUGUAUUGUGUAUAUAUAAUAAAUAUAUUUGGUUGUCUUAUGAUAUUAAUUAUCUACAUUAUUAUACUGUCAUAGUGCAUUCAUUUAUAGGCCUGUUGCCUCGUUGCUUUAAUCAUUAUGGUAGGUUAUAGCAUGCAUUGUAUAGAAUCGGUUAUCAUUACCUGUCACUGGAAGUUCUCACAAAGAAAAAAAAUGGGGAAAAUCAUUUAAUUUUUUUUUUGGUUGAAUAGCAACUUCAUCAUGUUUUUUUUUUGUUUCAAAUUAUAUUCAUGAUGUGAUGAUGGGACAUAAAGUAAUUAUUAUAUAAAUAUAUAUAUAUACAUAUAAAAUAUAUUCUAUCAAAUAAAUUUAUCAAAUU